AUGGCUUUCCGCGCGACAGCCCGUCUCCAGACCCACGCCCGCAUCAUGACCGACGCCACUGCCGCCAAGCUCAAGGACCUCUCGACGUGCGAGAUCGCCGACGCGCUCAUCAAGCUCGGCGUGCCGCACGGCGGCCUCAUCCCCGACCUGAAGAUGUACUCGCCCAAGUUCGAGGAGGGCGAGACGCGCAUCGCCGGUCCAGCCUUCACCGUUGAAAUGGUCCCCGUCUCGCACCCCGACAAGUCGAAGCCGGACCAGCACUUUGUCGACGCCGCACCCUCUGGAAGCGUCAUUGUCAUGCAGACCCCCCUUGGCGUGAGGAGCGGGUGCUGGGGCGGCCUGAUGAGCACGGCGGCGCAGACGAAGGGCGUACAGGGCGCCGUCCUCGAUGGCGGCUGCCGCGACCUGAACGAGCACCGCGCGCUCGGUUUCCCCGUCUUCGCCCGCGGGCACUCUGUCCUCGGCCCCGGAACGUUCACGCGUGUGCGCGCCCUCAACGUGCCCCUCACUAUCAAGCCUGCCCCGCCCAAUGCCGACCCGCCCUUCCCCGAGAUCACGGUGAACCCGGGCGACUAUGUCGUGGCUGACCUCGACGGCGUCGUCGUCGUUACCCCCGACAUGGUCGAGAAGGUCCUCGCCAAGGCUGGGCCGGCACGCGAGGCGGACGAGAAGGUCCGCGAGGACCUGCUCAAGGGCAAGGGCGUGUCGGAGAGCAUGCUCAAGCACCGCGGCAAGGCGCCUUAG